AUGUCUCCUCACUGCGACUCGCCGACCAACGGCUCCGACGCCGGUAGCGGCUUCUCCCAAUACAACGGCAACGGCAAUGCCUUUGCCAAUGGAAACGGAGCUGUCCACCAGAACGGCAACGGCGUGAACGGCCACUCCAGCGGCAUCCAGAGCAUCAAGCAGUCCCCCUACCUGCUCCCUACCGACCCCAGCGAGAUCCACGACCUCAUCUGCUGCGGCUUCGGCCCGGCCUCCCUGGCCGUCGCCGUCUCCAUUAACGACGCCCAGGAGGCCGGCCGCCAGCUCACCGGCAGCGCCGCUCCCAAGGUCCUCUUCCUCGAGAAGCAGCCCGCCUUCGCCUGGCACCCGGGCAUGCUCCUGUCCGGCGCCAAGAUGCAGAUCUCCUUCAUCAAGGACAUGGCCUCCCUCCGCAACCCCCGCUCUCAGUUCACCUUCCUCAACUACCUCCACUGCAACAACCGCCUCGUUGAGUUCACCAACCUCGACACCUUCCUCCCCGCCCGCGCCGAGUACGAGGACUACCUCCGCUGGUGUGCCUCCCACUUCAACGACGUCGUCGAGUACGGCCGCGAGGUCGUCUCCAUCUCCCCCGACCCUGCGACCGAGGGCGGCGUCAAGGUGUGGACCGUCAAGUCCCGCAACGUCAAGACCGGCCAAGUCUCGUCCUACCGCACCCGCAACGUCCUCAUCGCCAACGGCGGCCAGGCCAACAUCCCCAAGGUCCUCCCCGCCAAGCACCCCAAGAUCAUCCACUCCUCCCAGUACGCCCAGCUCGUGCCCCAGAUCCUCAAGGACAACUCCCGCCCCUACCGCGUCGCCGUCAUCGGCGCCGGCCAGUCUGCCGCCGAGAUCUUCCGCGACAUCCACCGCGCGUACCCCAACUCCAAGACGUGGAUGGUCAUGCGUAGCAACUUCCUCAAGCCCGCCGACGACUCGCCGUUCGUCAACUCCAUCUUCAACCCCAGCUACGUCGACGAGCUGCACCCCAAGUCGCAAGCCUACCGCCGCUCCCUCAUCAAGGAGGCCAAGGCCACCAACUACGGCGUCGUCCGCCUCCAGCUCAUCGACCACCUGUACGAGAUGCUCUACCACCAGAAGCGCCUCCUCGGCGUCGACGAGCGCAAGUGGCCCCACCGCAUGCUCUUCGGCCGCAACAUUGUCCAGGUCAACGAGAGCAAGGAGACGGAGCGCCUGCAGAUCCACGUCCGCAGCAUCGAGCACAGCGGCGACGGCCUAGAGGACGGCUUCGUCAGCCAGCUGCCCGGCGACGAGAUCCUCGACGUCGACCUGAUUGUGGCCGCCACCGGCUACCAGCGCAGCGCCCACAUCGACAUGCUCCGCGAUACCUGGAGCAUGCUGCCCGAGCUCACCCCGGCGUCCAACUCCGCCGACCGCGAGAUUGUCGACGGCUGGGAGAUUUCCGAGGGCGACGCCACCUCCGGCUCAAGGAAGCUCGAGGUCGGCCGCGACUACCGCGUGCGUUUCGCCCCUGGCACCGUGGCGCCGGAGGCUGGUGUUUACCUGCAGGGAUGCAAUGAAAUGACCCACGGACUGAGUGAUACCCUUUUGUCUAUUCUUUCUGUCCGAUCAUCCGAGAUCGUCGACUCUAUUUUCUCGACCCCCAAGGCCAAGGCCGUUUCCAACUAG